CCAAUAUUCGAAAUUGGAGAAGAAGCGAACCUGAAUGCAAAAGAAAUGAUCUUUCUGGAUUGGAACAAUUGAUUCCAGAAGAGGCUAGAGAGAGAGAGAGAGAGAGAGAGAGAGAGGGGGGGCUCUGGAUUUCAGAAAUUCCAUAUUCCUCUGAUCCUAACAAAAGACAACAAAACAAUGACGACAAACACAACCUCGUGCUUUGUCGCCAACGCAGCCAUGGAAAAGUUCUUCAAGACGACAGCUUUUAUUCCAAUUGGCUCGCUCUGCCAUAAAACCCUAGACACCCACAUAGCUCUUAAUGGACCUCCGGACCAAGAGCUAGAAGGAUGAGGUUUACUGGGUUAUCAAGUUCAGAAUUUUUCUUGGAGUCUUUUCUGGGUUUGUGACUAAUCAGAUUUCCCAGCUCAGUAACAUAUAUCUGCUGUUCUCCUCGAGCACUGACUCAAGAAGCAAGCAUCCAUCAACAUUUUAUCUGUGGUGCAGGUGAGGUCGUAAAUCCUCGUAACUCAAGGUUUUCCCAUCAUCAAUGGCGGGUAUGGUUCACGACGAGGGAUCAUCAUCUGUAACUUCAUCUCCCCUUCAGAUGUUCUCGUUGAUGUCACUUUCUCCUGGCAUAGGAUCACCAUACCCAUUGCUCAGGGAAGUUAGUCCUGAAGACAGAGGUUUGUGGCUGAUCCGUUAUCUUGUUGGCUGUGCUAACCUUGUCGCUGCUGGUAGUGUGGAGGAUGCUAAUCUUUACCUUGAGCAAAUCUCACAUCUUGCUUCUCCUGAUGGUGAUGCUAUGCAGCGAAUUGCUGCUUACUUCACUGAAGCACUUGCUGACCGGAUACUCAAAGGUUGGCCAGCCCUUCAUAAAGCCCUUAACUCGACAAAAAUAUCCCUAGUGUCUGAGGAAAUUCUUGUCAAGCGAUUGUUUUUCGAGCUUUGCCCCUUCUUGAAGCUUGCAUACGUAAUCACUAAUCAGGCCAUACUAGAAGCGAUGGAGGGGGAGAAGAUGGUUCACAUCAUCGACCUCAACUCAUUUGAGCCUGCUCAGUGGAUCAAUCUUCUUCAGUCACUAAAAGCUAGGCCAGAAGGCCCGCCUCACUUGCGAAUUACGGGUGUCAAUGAACAGAAAGAGGUUUUAGAUCAAAUGGCUUUUCGAUUGACUGAAGAAGCUGAAAAAUUGGAUAUCCCAUUUCAGUUCAAUCCUGUUGUCUGUAAGCUGGAGAAUCUUGAUCUAGAAAGUUUGCGUAAGACUGGUGAAGCACUUGCAAUUAGCUCUGUACUCCAGCUGCAUACCGUCUUGGCAGCUGAUGAUGAGACACAGCGAAGGACCUCGCCUUCUGCAUCCAAUAGUUCUAAUUCUAGUCAUCGACAGAGAGUGUUGCAUAUGAAGCAGCGCACUCUAGGAGAGUGGCUUCAGAAAGAGGUGGUCCCUUUAUAUUGUGCUAGUCCUGACUCAGCUUCGGCAUCUUCCCCAUUAUCUUGUAACCUGUCACCAAAGAUGGGGAGCUUCUUGACUUCUCUCUGGGGAUUGUCACCUAAGCUAAUGGUGAUUACUGAGCAAGAAUCAAACCAUAAUGGGGCUACCUUAAUGGAGAGAUAUGUGGACGCAUUGUACUUCUAUGGUUCCCUGUUUGAUUGUCUGGAGUCUACUGUUCCGAGAGCAUCAGUAGAGCGACAAAAGGUUGAGAAGCUGCUGUUCGGAGAGGAAAUUAAGAAUAUCAUUGCUAGCGAGGGCAUUCAGAGGAAGGAGAGACAUGAGAAGCUUGAGAAGUGGAUUUCGAGGCUUGAGUUAGCUGGGUUUGGAAAGGUGUCCUUGAGUUACAAUGGAUUGUUGCAAGCGGGGAUGUUGCUGCAGAGCUGUGGUUAUGACGGGUACAACCUAAAGGAAGAGAAUGGGUGCUUCUUCUUAUGUUGGCAUGACAAACCCCUGUUUUCAGUUUCAGCCUGGAGAUUUAAGAGGUAGAAAAUAAUAUUGUGGAAUUUGUGUGGGAGUUGUGUUAUUCUCUUUUCUUCUAUUAUUCCAAUUUUCUUUCAUAUUUUGUAUAAAGAACCUGAAGCUCUUCUUCCUCAGCACGUGCAUAGUGAGCCAGCGGAGAGAUUCCAAUUUACUCAUCUCUCUGCCAUAACUGUGUUAAAUUGUUUGCCCCUUUUGGUGGUAUCUGUAACUCCUUUUGCCCCUCGGUUGCAUCUGGCCAAUAUAUUGGCUCAUUUGGUCUUUAUUCA